GGAAGCGCUGAGCCCACACCUCCUCGUCCCACCCCCUCCCCCAGGGUGCUGGCUCCAUGUCUGUGUGACCGGCCCCAGGGGUAGAGUCCAGGCCCGACGCGGGGCGGGCCGGCGGCGGCGGCGGCGGCGGCGGCUGAGGUGAGAGGCGGCGGCGGCGCGGGCACCCGGCCCCCCAGCGGGAGGAUGAAGCGGCGGAACACCGAGUGCAGUAAGCUCCGCCGCCCCCUAAAGCGGAACCGGAUCACCGAGGGCAUCUACGGCAGUACGUUUUUAUACCUGAAAUUCCUGGUCGUGUGGGCACUUGUCCUCCUGGCAGAUUUUGUCCUGGAGUUCAGAUUUGAAUACCUGUGGCCAUUUUGGCUUUUCAUCAGAAGCGUCUAUGAUUCCUUCAGAUACCAGGGACUGGCCUUCUCAGUAUUUUUUGUUUGUGUAGCAUUCACGUCAAAUAUAAUAUGUCUGCUGUUCAUCCCCAUACAAUGGCUUUUUUUUGCUGCUAGUACAUAUGUGUGGGUUCAGUACGUAUGGCACACAGAAAGGGGAGUGUGUUUGCCCACAGUAUCCCUCUGGAUACUCUUUGUUUAUAUUGAAGCAGCAAUUAGAUUUAAAGAUCUCAAAAAUUUUCAUGUAGACCUUUGUCGUCCAUUUGCUGCUCACUGUAUUGGGUACCCUGUGGUGACUUUGGGCUUUGGCUUCAAAAGUUAUGUAAGCUACAAAAUGCGGUUGAGGAAGCAGAAGGAAGUGCAAAAAGAGAACGAAUUUUACAUGCAGCUUCUUCAACAAGCCCUCCCCGCAGAGCAACAAAUGCUACAAAAGCAAGAAAAAGAGGCUGAGGAAGCAGCCAAAGGAUUACCUGAUAUGGAUUCCUCAAUCCUCAUACACCACAACGGAGGUAUCCCAGCCAAUAAAAAACUCCCCACAACUUUGCCAGAGAUAGAAUACCGAGAAAAAGGGAAAGAAAAAGACAAAGAUGCCAAAAAACACAACCUUGGAAUAAAUAACAACAAUAUUCUACAACCUGUAGACUCUAAAAUACAAGAAAUUGAGUAUAUGGAAAACCAUAUCAAUAGUAAAAGAUUAAAUAAUGAUCUCGUGGGAAGUACAGAAAAUCUCUUGAAAGAGGACUCAUGCACUGCUUCCUCAAAAAACUACAAAAAUGCCAGUGGAGUUGUGAACUCCUCACCUCGAAGUCACAGCGCCACAAAUGGGAGCAUUCCUUCCUCGUCUAGUAAAAAUGAGAAGAAGCAGAAAUGCCCUAGCAAGAGCCCAAGUGCACACAAGGACUUAAUGGAAAACUGUAUUCCUAAUAACCAGCUAAGCAAACCAGAUGCACUGGUAAGGCUGGAACAAGACAUUAAAAAGUUAAAGGCCGACCUGCAGGCCAGCAGGCAAGUGGAACAGGAGCUCCGCAGUCAGAUCAGCUCCCUCUCGAGCACCGAGCGAGGGAUCCGCUCAGAAAUGGGCCAGCUCCGGCAAGAGAACGAGCUGCUGCAGAACAAGUUACAUAAUGCUGUGCAGAUGAAGCAAAAAGAUAAGCAGAAUAUCAGCCAGUUGGAGAAAAAGCUAAAAGCUGAGCAGGAAGCCCGAAGUUUUGUAGAAAAGCAGUUAAUGGAGGAAAAAAAAAGGAAGAAGUUAGAAGAAGCUACUGCUGCCCGGGCUGUUGCAUUUGCUGCUGCGUCUAGGGGAGAGUGCACCGAAACCUUACGGAAUCGGAUCAGAGAAUUAGAAGCAGAGGGCAAGAAGCUCACAAUGGACAUGAAGGUGAAAGAAGACCAGAUCAGAGAACUAGAACUGAAAGUUCAGGAGCUUCGGAAGUAUAAGGAAAAUGAGAAGGACACUGAGGUGUUAAUGUCAGCCCUCUCAGCCAUGCAAGAUAAAACGCAGCACCUGGAGAACAGCCUGAGCGCAGAGACAAGAAUCAAGCUGGACCUGUUCUCUGCACUGGGGGAUGCAAAGCGACAGCUCGAGAUUGCCCAAGGACAAAUUCUUCAGAAAGACCAGGAAAUCAAGGACCUAAAACAGAAGAUAGCCGAAGUCAUGGCCGUCAUGCCCAGCAUAACAUACAGUGCCGCCACCAGCCCCUUGAGCCCCGUUUCCCCACACUACUCUUCCAAAUUUGUGGAGACCAGCCCCUCUGGACUUGAUCCCAAUGCCUCUGUUUACCAGCCCCUGAAGAAAUGAAGGCCAGCAGCGUGUUUUUUCCAGGCUUUGGUUAUCAGAAAGCAUCACAAGGGAGCGUCUCUGGCAGUCAAGAUUAAAAAAAGUUUAUAUUGUAUUUUGUGGGACUGUAUAUGUUGUCGUUUUUAAAAAGGGGGGGAAAGAUAACAUCCAAGCCUGAUUAGAACUGCCCACCAGUUUUUCUUGUAAGUUUUUAGAAGACCUCACAGAACUUUGCAGUUUAUUUUUCUCGGCCAUUACAUUAAAACCAUUCUUGGAUUUCAAGUAGCCAGUUUUGCCUUUUAUGUAUUCUUACAGUUUCCUCUUGAAGAAAAAAAAAAAGCAGAGUUUUUCCUUCUCAACCCUUUCUUUUUGUUUUGUUUUGUUCUUAAAUCAGCAAGCAAAACCUGCACAUUGGAUUCACAUGGGAUGACAAUGAAAACUUAGUUUUUAGUGUGAAAGGUUUAAAUAACCGAACACAGCUUUGAUGCUAUGGCUGCAUUAAAGAAAAUGAUAACUAAAAUUACAGAAAACAAAAAUUGAUUACCCUCCAAGGACCAAACAAAUCCAAGGAGUGUCAUUUCAGCCGAGGGGAGACUCAGGUGAUGGGACCAGCUGUGCGAAUGUAACGGGUUGUGUCUGAAAUGUGUGUCUUCCCAUCGGUGUGUUUAGUCCUAGAAAAUUGCUAGCAGCAGCCUUGUUCACAGUGCCUUGGGAAAAGACAUUUCAAGAGGAAACUUGAUUUUAAACAAUUUCCCCCUUUACCAUCAUCUACCUUCUCUCUGUGUCAAGCUCACUACGGAUCCUGCUAUAGAACUGGUGGGUAGCUGGGCUGUUCGGUACCACUUCAGCCACACCUUCUGUUUCCUUUCAUUGAAAGCACCACAGUGUUCUGGACUUGUCUCGAGGCAAGCACCCUGGGAAGGGGAGCUGGGCGGUGUUUGUGUUCGAGAGACUGCAAUGCCGGCUAAUAAAAGCUGCAGUUCUA